CGGAAUUUCAUCUACUGAGCGCUCAGAGCUUGCAUGUUCACCAAAACCGAUCAGGCUCUUCGAUUCUAGCAUGCACUUCGGGUGGGUCACCUACUGGACGGCAUCGGCAUUUUUUUGGAUCCGAGAUUCGAAGGAUGUGGGCCGUAUCCUGGGUAUUGGUUUGCUGUCAUAUAUGCAAAUUCAAGUUGGUGCACUCUCAACGGGUUACAUUCAAUUAAGGGGGGUAGUACUGGGUAAACUCGGUCAGGUCAUCCGACUCUAGGACCAGGCACAUGCCCAUGCACUCCUUAUCUACGACCACGAUGCGCAAAGAGACAACAUAAAAUAGGCAAAUCAACUUUUCAAACUUCCGAGUCCACAGUCUAGUUACACCCUUCGCGUCCUAUCAGAAUGAGUCUGGACUCCUCCGUCGUACUCAGGGACCUGAAACACCCAGGGCUUUCUGUGUCGACCAAGGAUGUUGACACUGGUGCUCAGCUCGUCGCUGGAUUAACUUCAACUCUUGAUCCUGAAGAGGCUUUGAGAAUAAGGAGGAAGAUCGAUAGACAUAUCAUGCCUCUGAUGUGUGUUCUUUACUGGGUUCAAUUCAUGGACAAGACAACCUUGGGUUAUGCCGCCAUCCUUGGAAUUCAGCAGACCACGCAACUGACUACGAAUGAGUACAAUUGGCUUGGCACAGCAUUCUAUCUCGGUUAUCUUGUCUUCGAGUAUCCCCAGAACCUUGCACUUCAAAGAUUCCCGGUCGGGAAGUGGAUGAGUAUCAAUAUAUUCGUCUGGGCAGUUGCACUUGCGUCUCAUGCAGCAUGCAAAAACUUUGCUGGACUUCUUGUUGUGCGCUUGUUGCUUGGCGUAUGUGAGGGGUCGAUCACUGCUGGAUUCUUGAUCGUUAGCUCCAUGUUCUACACGCGGACGGAACAGACGCUACGGGUUGGUUAUUGGUUUUUGAUGAAUGGCACUGCACAAAUUAUCUCCGGUUUCAUCAGCUUCGGUACUUUGCACAUCAAUACCAAAGGAUUUGAACCAUGGCAAUGGCUCAUGAUUAUCACCGGUUUAAUGACAUUGAUCCUUGCCAUUUCAUUCUGGCUCUUGUUCCCCGACUCGCCUACGAACGCCUGGUUCCUUACUCCCGAUGAGCGUGUGAAAGCCGUGCAACGCAUUAAGGAAAAUCAAACAGGUGUAGAAAACAAACACUUCAAGAUGAAACAGAUGAUCGAAGCCCUGACUGACCCUAAGACAUGGCUCUUCGCCCUCUUCUCGGCUUUGGGCAGUGUGCCUAACUCAUUGUCGAACCAGCAAACACUCAUCGUUGCUUCGUUCGGAUUCAGCGAUCUACAGACAACUCUAUUGUCUUGUGUUGGUGGUGUCAUUGAAAUCUUGACGAUCCUCACUGGUGUUCGGCUUGCUGCACGACGGCCCAAUUCCAGAGCAUAUGUCGGUGCUAUGUACUUCGUCCCGGCGUGGUUGGGCAUCUUGCUGGUUAACCUACUUCCUUGGUCAGAUAAGGUUGGACUUCUCGUCAGCCAGUUCCUGACUAGUGUCAAUGUGCCUGGAUUUGUAUUGGCAUUGUCGUGGGUCAAUAGCGUGACUGCUGGUCAUACGAAGAAAGUUGCUACUAACGCCAUUAUGCUCUCGGCUUACUGCAUUGGUAACUCAGCUGGUCCCUUCAUGUGGAAGACACAAUACAAGCCGCGUAACCACGUCCCAUGGGCUGUGAUCGGCGCAUGCUACGUCGUCUGUCCGGCACUUCUCCUUGUCAUCCGUGCCGUUCUCGUCCGAGAGAACCGAAUCCGCGACAAAGAACCUGUUGACGACAGCGAAAAAGAAUAUAUUAUGGAGAAAUUCACUGAGGACGGGAAACGUGUGGAAGUUAAGGUUGACAAGGAAUUCCUGGAUUUGACCGAUAGGCAAAACAGGGAUUUCAGAUACGUUUUGUAACGCUAACCACGCCUCAUUUCUUUCUGCACAUGUGCUACAAAAAGCUGCAUGUUUUUUUACACGUAUUGCCAAAUUUCAUUGAUGACUAUAUAGUUGAUGACACGACCUAGAUGAAUUCAUGACAUGUACAAAUCAUUUACAGGAGUUUAUACUCUCUUCCACGCAUUUUGUCCGCCUGGGACGAAGUCCGAGUCAGUGUUGGUUUCAGGCGGUCACAUCCCAAAAAGAAAAAGCCCCCUUUCGAC